AUGGUCGCUCCAUCCGUCGGCACCCAGGAUCGCCUUUUUCACCAGUACGUCCUGUUGGUCUCGCCUUCGGACGAGGACAUAGUCCUGCAGGUGCCAGAGUCGCGACCGAGGGUGCAUCCAGGUGGCCUUCUCUCGCGUCGGAAGGCGGAAGAAGGUGUUGGACAGUGUGAGGCGGUGUUCUGAGCAGGCUCGUAGGAGGAGCAAUCCAUUUUCGUUGGAGCCGUUGAGACUAUGGGGACCCAGCACUCCUGUCCAGUCAACAUAGUCUGUGCCGAUGUGGGCUUUGAAGUGAUGUUGUUUGACAGUAAAUCGCCUCUGCGCUAGGCGAAGUUGGUGCUGUUGACCGGAAAAUCUCUGUCCUUUCAACGUUAUUGAUCAUUACCAAGUCACCGAACAUGGCCUUUCCUAAUCAAAAAACCGGUAAGACCGUAGACGACUGGUUAGCGAUUGCGCAAACAGAUUACUUGAAGGAUGGUUUCCUAUUAUCCCUUCAUUCGAAGGUAACCUUCUGAACCAAUCUUUCUAGUGCAGAAAUGUAGGGUUCCAGGACUGUGCCGAGCAGAGUGUAAGGGGAUAAUAUUCACCAUAAUGGAAAAUAAGAGAAUAUCUAUGACUCACACAGCCAGCACGCCCGCCCAAAAUGGCUAAGCCUUAGAACACCAAGCGCGGAAUUUUUGUGUGAGUUCUCGGCAGUCACGAGCGUGGAAUCAUUACAAAAUCCUUGGAGUGAGUGCUAUGCUAUUGCCCGAUCAUGAUUGCUACAAUUGGCAAAGAUCAUCGAAGAAAACACUUAGCAACCCGGGUAGGUGAUCGUGCUACAACCGCGGUCGAGAUAUUUGAGAUCGGAACGUCAGCACACGAGAUAAAAGACGGGGUAGCUACAUGUGGGAACGUUUAUGUCAUGCCGUUGCAGCACGCACUUGGGAAGGUUGUCAACUGACUGUAUAACUACGUCCUUUUCAGGAUUAAGAGUCAGGCUCAUUAGUUCUUUCCUAAUUCGUCCUCUAUGACACUCUCAGUAAUGUGAAAUCCGAGCCAUCCUUGUGAAGGCCUGGUAUAUUCGGCGGGGACCAUAUUUUGUGGCACGCGCCGACGGGCUGUUCAGUUUUGUCAACCACUCCGCCCAUGCCCACCCCCGGUCGUCCUGGUACUGUUUCGCCGCCGGAGUCAAGUGGGUGAGGGAGGAGAGUAGGAUAGACGCUGUACAAGUCUGCCUCACUGUUAACUAAUUCAUGUGCCAAUUACUGCCCUGCGUUCACUCCGUGGGGCACACGCUGGAUUUCGUCGUUCGCGACAGUCGAACUGUCGUGUACUGGUAGGACGAGCUGUUACGAUGGCGUAUAUGGCCGAAAGUACUGGGGUAAUGUGAGUAGGUGAGAAGAACGUAUCUGAUGCGUGUCUGCGCUCCGUUCGUAGGUCUAUGGGUUUCGGUGCGAGAGAUUCGCAAGUGACACCGACCAGGUCGAUGGUACGAUCGCAAUGGGGACAGGUUGGAACUGGGCCCACUUUGCUGUUGGAGGGGUCGAUGGUGGUGGUGGAGCGCAGGAUGAGAGAAUUGUUAUCGGACAUUAAUGUCGGUGGUAAUAAUAAUGUGUUGUGAGAUGGAGGGCGGGUUGGUUUUGUUGGAGUUCCACUAAGUAUGCAGAUGUCCGUAAUCCAGAUAUCCGUGGACAGUGAAGCAAGAUGAUGGAUGUUGGGUGCUUGCAACACGGAGCCGUCGUAUUCCAGAUUUGCCGGCCUCCCUCUGCGCUUUUGUCUUUUGCAUGUGAUGGGUGCCGUAAAUUAUCGUCCCAUUUCUUGCAGCAGUGGGCCACGUCUGCUGAUAUUGUGCGACACGUCCUGAGAUCUCAGUGUUGACUUACAGGGCUUGAAUAAUGUUCUGAGGAUGUCCUUGUCACUCUUCCUUGUGAGCGCUCAUAGCUACGUCUCCAUAGGACAAUUACUUGUGUAGGGGGAGCCGCGGUAGCAUGACAACUGCAUCCUAUAGAUACUGCAUCUCCUUGUGCAUGAACCGUCCGUAUCUGCUUUUGUCUCUGAUGGUGGGCUCGAGCAGGAAUCCGAAACAUCAGGAGAAUAAACCUCUUGUCCCAACGAUCGUGCCUCCUUCACGACUGCUUCCUGGGGCUCGUCUUUUCGCUUCUAUUGGCAAUGCAUUUGGGCGCGAUGCGCUCCGAUCAGCCCGGCAAUGGGAAACCUUUGCCCUCGAGAGGCUUCUGCGUAUUCGCAGAUCCGGUUUAUGCACAGGUGUCUCGACAAUAAUGUGUUACCGAAAUGAGUUUCAUACAAGCUCCCGGUUAACGCGGAUUUGGUGAGACGAGCAGUAUUUCAGCAUGGCAGAAGGAUGGCCCGAGUGCUCCUCCGAGAUUGUCACGCGAGACUUCGCAAGUACCGUCAGAGGAUCGACCAAGAAGAGAUCAAAUGCUGUGAGAUCAUGGGCAAGAUCGGUAAAAAUCUGCUCCUGCAGAGACUGGCUGAACGAGCCCGCGACGCAGCACUGAAGAACGAAUUCCGAAAACUGCCCAAUUCAUCGUCGUCCAAAACGACAAACUGGUGCACAACCUGUCGUCAAAAGAGCUGACGAAGAAUCGGAUGCAGGCUUUAAAGCAAGAAGCAUCAUUCAACACGACAGACGCCAAACCUGUUAACAUGCAGCAGCAGUGGAAUGAAUCCGUAGUCAGACGGAAGCAACGGACGAGCCUAAGAGCCUCAUCCGACACCAAGUGUUGUCCCUCCUAAUGGCCCACAGGCCAGGGAAAGUGCUUUCCAAGGUCGAACGUGAUGCGCUUAGAGAACUCAUGGCCGACAAAGACCUAGUCAUUGUGCCAGCUGACAAGGGGCGCUCCACGGUCGUACUGGACAGGACGGACUACCGUCAUGUCGCUCAAAGGUACUCCAACGUACGAAGAGGUUAAGUGGCUGUUCCGGCGUCUCAAGUUCCUGACCGUUUAGUCAGACACCAUGGUCUCUUCGUCAGCACAAUUCCUGGAGAAACUCAAAGGAGUAAGCGUCCAUCCAAAUGAGGUCAUGGUAUCUGUUGAUGAUACAUCCCUUCUUACUUCUAUUCCUUAGGACCUGGCGAUCGAGGCAGUCGAGCUGCUUCUACAAAGCAAAUAUGAUGCAACAGAGAAUCAUCUUGGACACGCCCAAGUCCUUCAGCUCCUGAAGUUCUGUCUGAGGGCGUACUUCACAUUUGACGGGACAGUCUACGAGCAGGCGAAGGGCACACCACUGGGUUCGCCGAUUUCGGGAUUCAUCGCCGAGGCCAUCCUAAAACGGCUACAAUCCCUCGUCUUCCAACACCACCGACCGAAAUCCUGGGCACGGUAUGUGGACGACACCUUCGUCAUCAUCGAACGGGAUCAGGUGCUAAUGUUCAAAGAACAACUUUACAGCGUCUUCCUUAGCAUACAAUUUAGGAUGGAGGAGGAAGAGAACAACCAGCUGGCCUUCCUGGAUAUCCUCGUCUGCCGCAAGGAUUAUGGUGGCCUAUAG